AUGCCAGAUAACCGAACAAUCUUGGGCCCUCUGACAGAGAUAUGGACAUUCCCGAGCCGUUGCAAUCAGUUAUAUCUACCCGAUUGCUCUAGUUGCACUGUAGCAUCGCAAGGUCAAAAGUGCAACACUGCCGAUCCCACCACAAUUGAUAGCCGCGAAGAUAUAUUGUGCUGGCCUCCAGCGAAACCGCCGAACGUGUUUGACCCGCCUCUCAGUGGUUGGGGUAUCUAUAAACCGGCCGACACAUGCCCCGAAGGCUAUACGGUUGCAUGCUCAGCCGAAGGCACAACAAAAAGUGAUUUCGAGUUCCAAUUCAAAGUCCAUGACGAUGAGUUUGUCAGAGGGUGCUGCCCAUCCCACUACGAAUGUGCCAAAUAUGAAGGAGCACAAACUUGUAGGAGUAUCUUCUCGAGAGGCAGGAUACAGAUGUUCUCGUGCAAAUCGGGCAGUACUGUUCUAAAUGAUUUGAAGGCGCCGACUCAAUGGCUAGGGCCGGGAUCGACUACGAUUGGAAGCAUCACAAUACAUGCACCUAUGUUCCAGCUUGCCGGGUUGGAGAAAUUCGAGACAACUACAGAUACAGAAUUGGCAUCUUCAACAGAAACUUCCCAACCCAACAUGGAGUCAGACUCUAGAGGGGGGCUAUCGAAGGGAGCGCAAGCUGGCAUUGGCAUCGGAGUUGGCGUGGUUGGGCUUGGGGUUUUGGUCGCAGCAUUUUACCUCUGGCGACGAAGGGAAAGGUCGAAAGCACCACCGAAGUACAUGUUGGAACCGCCUCAUUUGGAUUCGAGAGAGGUAAACCCUCCGGAUGAAUUAGGAGGAACACCGAUAGCACCUCCUCCAUAUACUCCGAUUGAUCUUCAUGGAACCACCGCUAGACAGAAAUUGCCUUGA